AUGGCUGGCAAGUUCGAUUUCUACACAAAUGAUGAGAUGAGGAUUGUGAUGGUGGGGAAGACUGGAAUUGGGAAGAGUGCUACUGGAAACACUAUUCUGGGCCGUGAGUGCUUUAAAUCCAAGUUCAGUCCCAUAUCUAUGACUGUAGAAUCUUCCAAAGGAAAAGCUAAAGUGGAUGGACAUCGCGUUGCUGUCAUUGACACCCCAGGCCUGUUUGAUACCAGGGUUGAUGAAGAGGAAACUCAGAAAAAUAUAUGCCAGUGCAUCUCCUAUGCUUCUCCAGGACCCCAUAUCUUCUUGGUGGUCGUCAGACUGGGCAGAUUCACUGAAGAGGAAAAACAGACGGUGCAAAAGAUUCAAAAAAUCUUUGGCCACGCAGCAGACAAAUACAGCAUGGUUCUCUUUACCCAUGGAGACCAACUUGAAGGCACCACUAUUGAAGAGUUCUUAGAAGGAAGCUCAGACCUGCAGGAACUCGUGGCCAGAUGUAAUGGUCAGUACCACGUCUUCAACAAUAAACUGAAGGAGCGCUCUCAGGUCACUGAGCUGCUCCAGAAGAUCAGAGAGAUAGUCCAGAAGAACGGAGGAAGCCACUAUACCAACGAGAUGUUCCAAGAGGCUGAGAGGGCGAUUGAAGAGGACAAACAACGCAUCCUGAGAGAGAAAGAAGAAGAAAUACAGAAAGAAAAGGAGACAAUCGAGAGAGAAAUACGGGAAAGAUAUGAGAGAGAGAUGCAGAAAUACAACAAACAACUCCAGGCUGAGAGAGAGAGGGAGAGGAAGGAGAGAGAGGAGGAGAGGAAGGAGAGAGAGGAGAGAGAAUGGGACAUGAAGAAGUUAAAGGAGAAGUGUGAGAGAGAAGUGGAGGAAGAAAGAUGCAAGAUUCAGUCGAGAUAUGAAAAUGAAGCCAGAGAUGAAGCUGAGAAGUUUAAUCCAUUACCUUUGCUGGUUGCAGGAAUUAAAACACUUGGGACGGUGUUAAAAUUUUGGCUUCGAAUUUAA